AUGUCCGAAACACCGAUGACGGUCCACAACCUCAGUAAAGAUCGACCAGUGGAAAAUAAGCGGAUGGUGUCAGUGGAACGUCUGAGCCCGGAAAACCGAUCAGCUAUAGAAUACCUGUUACCGAACAGCCGGUCAAUGAAUGUCCAUCCAUGGGCAUCCCUCGGGACACGAAUGCCUCCCAAUAAUGGUAGUAAUAUGUCGGUCAUCCGAAAUCGAUACCCGAAUAAUCAUAGGUAUGACAACAGUGAUGAUGGCGUAGUGCUCGAUACCCAAAAAAAUAUCAACAGGCAAAUUAAUCACAUUGAUUAUUCAAAUUUAGAAACAGACAACUGGGCCAUCAAAAAAGAGCGGCCAACUGAUUAUCACGAUUCAUAUGACUUGACUUAUAACAUUGCUGAUUAUGGAAGUAAACAAAGUGAUAGUAUAGCAGGCAUAGAUGAAUUAAAUAAAGGUCCUGGAGUAGAAUUAGACCCAUACUAUUCAACUAUUUACGGCCCUUAUAACAAAAGACCAAUAGAAAGCAAACCGAGUAUGGAUCAUCAACCCCUGAGCACGAAUUAUCAACUUCAAAGUUUGAAUUAUCAACCACCCAGUACGAAUUAUAAUCCCCCGCGUAUAAGUUAUGAACCACCGAAAAUUACGGCUCCGCAAAGUCCUAUUUUGCCAGAUCCUCAACAAAAGAUAGAACUGCUACCAUUAUCAAAUAAAAGUGUAGUCGAUUGGAGAUUAUUCACUAUAUUUUCACUCAUUAAGCUUGGAAUAGUCAAAUUAAAAUCAAUUGCCAUUAUAAAAAUAUUAUUAUUUCUUCUAUUUAAUCUAAAAUUAUUAUUGAUAAUAUUAUUUUUUAAAUUCCUAUUACUUUUAAAAUUAUUAAAGGCCAUGAUACUCCCGUUCUUAUUAGUACCACAGCUGCUUACUGCACUAACUCUCCCCAUGAUUUUGUCUACGUUAAUUUCGAUUCCGAGGCGGAUAAUCCGAUUUUUGACCACCCCAAAUAAUUCAAGCGCAGUUCCAUCAACCUCAUCAAGCUUACCAAGUAAUAUGGUUCCAAGUCUACCAAGUAAUAUGGUUCCAAGUCUACCAAGUAAUACUAGACCUGCAGGUCUACCAAGUAAUUUUGUACCAUUUGUACCAAGACCACCUAGUGAAACGAUGGACCCGUUUAACCGCCUUCCAGGGCAAAGACCUACGGGCAUUGCAGGACCUCUGGUACCAUUUCCAGGAACAUCAUGAACAAGAUAAUGCGUGGUGUAUUGAAACCCAUUUUGAAGAUAAACUUGAAUCAUAUUUAAAAACGUACGAUGGCAUAAACAAUGAAUUGAAAAAAAGUUCUCAGUAGAAAACCACCGAUAAUUGGUACACACAGUGCGUAAAACAUUAUAACUGUAAAAGUACUAAUUUUAUGUCACAAAUACAUAAAAAUAAUUAUAAUUUAAA